GACUUAACUGUCAGGGGUCCUUUACCUUUACCUAAAGGGGUCUUACCAGGAAUAAUAGAAUACAUCUCAAUCUGGACAAGCCAGAUUGAAUUGCCUAUAGUCUUAAGAGACUCACACGAGUCUGCAACCAGUUUCUGCUGCAUAAGAAGGGGAAUGCACUUUGCUAAAUAAAGAAACUUGCUAGCGCAAGUUAGGAUAUUAAUAAUCAAUAUACCCUCUCUUGCCACCCUCAACAUUCCCACAGUUUGGUUCAACAACCCAAAUGUCAGCUAUUCAAAGGCAAAUUUAGGGGAGCACGGCCAGUUCAGCUGCACUGGGUGUGGAGCCUGAGGGUCUCUGCAGGAGAUGCCACAACUAUUAUUCAGAAUGGAGUGCGAGAGGCAUGGGUAAGGUGCUGAAUUUUGGCAUUGCUUAGGGAGCUGCUGAAAUUUGAGAUCCCAAGGUACACCGAGUGGGGUCCCCUUUUCCUUUUCAUCUUUCUCUUUGUGCCAUUCAGAGUGCGCUCGACUGAGGCUGGCUCCUUCCAUUGCGAUGAUACUGGUCUCAUAUGUGAAGUGAAAGAAGCUGUGACCUUAACAUACUACUUUGAUUCAUGGCCGAAGCUCCUGGAAGAACAGAACACUGAGGAGUUGCAUGUCGCUGGCCCUCUGCUCAACUUUAAGGUGGAUGCAGCAGAGGCUGUGGCAUCCAUUUGCAUCCCUCACUUCUUGUGCCUUGAAGGUGAAGAUAGUUCCCAUGUCUACAUUGCACAUUUUGUUGAAGGGGAGAUGAGGCUGGAGAAGCCAGACAGAGUGGAGCCUCACCAUGCUGUGUUGGAAAACCCCAAGUUCUCUUCCCUUGGAGUCGUUUUCAAAAAGUGGUUUAAGCAAAAGAUCAACACUGUUGUACUGCUCUAUCAUAGGCUUCAUCUGGAAACGCCAACAUUUCACCUGUACCUUCUGCCCAACGACCCUUCGAUAAUAAAGGCGGUCGAUAAGCGUGAAGUAAAUUCAAAGAGAAUAGAGAAACCCCCUGUGACCCUGAAACCUCUGAUGAUUGGCUCUCAGGUCUCUCUUAGUACUCCAGAGGAUGUCACAGUGUAUCCCGAGGAACUGCAUCUUCAAUACCUGGAUGCAGAGAAACUGCAGCAGUACGUAGAACUGUCUGCUGAACAAAUGCAAGAGAAGUUCAACUUCUACCUGAUGAAGAAGGGCACGACUGAAGUUGUUUGGAAGGCCCAUUUAAAAAAAAAUGAGUUAACUUCAGGGCAGAUGGCUUCUCCUAUUAUACACCCAGCACAAGGUCAGCAGGUUUUAAUUGUUUCUUUCAUUGUACUUGUAUCUUAUCUUCCUCCCAAUAGGAAGUGCUGGUGACA